ACAAACUUUUUCAACUAUUAUGACCAGCUGACUGAAUUUCUUGAAGACCCCUCAAACUGGGAUACAAUUAGAAGAGAAUUAUCAGCAGCAGGGAUGAAAAAUUUUACGUUCUAUGAUAUUUUCUUUGACUUUAUUGCACUGAAUGUGAUUGCGGACACUGAGAAUGUACCAACAGCUGUGAAGCAGCCAUUGCAAAACCGUUGGAUUUCUGUAUCGAUGAAGAAAACUACUGUUAUGUUUUACACCUGGUCACGGAUAAAGACCAAGCGGGCAUACAUGGUGGAGCCCAAGGGUUUCUUCUACCAUUUAUAUGAGGUUUAUGAUUACACGCACCCUGAGAUUAUGUGGGCAGCUUUUGGACCAGAAAGCAAAACAAAGGAUUUUUUUUUCAUACUGAAGGGGCAAAUCAUUUAUUUUAUGAAGGACAUGUUCAGCUUUAAGAGCCACCAGUUUGAUACCCCAGAUUUGCUGGCUAAGGAAAUCUUUGAAAAUCUGGAACAUCGAGUGAAGCUUCUGAGUUUCUACCUAGAUGAAGAGCGCAAGACAUAAAAUGACCAACUCUUCAUUUUUUAAACAGACUUUAAAGUCCCUUAUCAGUGAAAAGGACAAAUAAAUAUCUAUAAAAUAUAAAACAGCACUAUAAAAAUAUUUGUGAUAACACUCUUAACAUUGAUGAUAAUGACUUUACUAAUUUAGCAGCCUAAAUGUGAAUGGUAUUUUAUAGUCAACACAGGUUUCGAAAGAGUGGAUUUUUAAAUGUUAAUUUAUUCUAUUUAUGUACGACACUAAUCAACCAUGCUAAAUAUCAUUUGGACCUUGUAUUCCACAAACCUGCCCAAAAGCAUUUUAGUUUCCAAAAAUCUACAUUCAGAUAGUUUGAUAUAGGAACUCCAAAUGAUCUGUUUUACAUCUUACAGGUUUUUACACACCUGCUUCUUAAGCAUUGCUAUUUUGAAUCUCCUGAUACUGGGAUUAGAUCCAAACACCUGUUGCUCUAAUUUAUAUUUCAAUUUUAGUUGUUUUUUCGCCAGAUGACAAUUGUAGUACCAAGUCAUGAAAUGUUGUAUGUAGGCAUUCUUUGGUUAAAAAAUAAAAAUGUUAAGGCCAGGAAGCUGAAUAUAUUUAAGCUUGACUCUCAAGACACAAAGGGAGGUAGUUGUUGAACUUGUUAAACAAGUUACCUUUUAAAAGCCACGCAGUGCUGAAAUGUGAUGCACACUGACCAGUGGUUGAAGUACCACACAACAAUCCUAGGGUUCAGAUUUAAAAUGCAACCUGGUACAGAGCUCAUAUUGAAGUCCAAGGUUGAGUCCAAGAACUAUUUAAAAUUAAUUUUAAAAUAAAUUAAAAACAACGUAAGACUACUUACAAGCCCCUAAAUUAUAAGACUGAUUAAUGUAUUUCUGGCUUGGUAGCUUUAUUAGCUGUGUU